GAGCAGGCGAGGUAGUGCAGGCACCUGCCGUGAAGAGCAAUGUCACAGGUCACCACUGGCCCUCUGCAGCUCAACAGAAAGAGUAGGCAACACUCUUCGUUCAUGGAAUCCGGUCGACUCCCAUUCCUUCUGGUUUUAUUGCUCCACAACUUACUGGCAGUGAAUGCUGUUCCCUCUGCGCCCUGCUCACCCAGCAACACCGGCAAGUGUGUGGAAUCUGCUGCAUGUCGUUCACACACGUGUCCUUAUGGCUCAGAAUGCGUGGCCAAAGACAGUGAGCAUAGGUGUCACUGCAAGAAGGGGUUUAAAAUCUGCAUGGUGGGAAACUCCUGUACAACUGGGCGUCCCUACUGCAAAGACAUCAACGAGUGCAAUUCAACUUCAAUGAAAUGUGACAUGAAGGAAAACUGCUUAAAUACAAUCGGAGACUACUGUUGUCUGAACGGAAAAGGUCACAUCAGCUGUACAGAGUGUGAAAGAUCCUGCCGUAUUAACGGAACCAAAAAUGGAAAAAAUUCCACGGAAUCUGACCAAGUGUGUAUUAGUGCAUGUGAAAUACAGACCCUCUACCAAAGGGUGUCAGCAGUCAACAGACAACCUGACCAGCUGAACAACAUAAUCCAGCUGCUGGACAAAACAGAAAGCAUGAUGAUGUCUUUGGUUGAAGCUCCGUCAAAUCAACUUGAAGAGCGGCAGUCAAUGGAAGCAUUUGAAAUUGGAAUAAAGCGACAAGCAAAUGCCUCUGAACCACUAACGAUAUCAGUGCUGGGACACACGGUCGAGGUCGGUCCUGCCAUACUCAUGGGAGUGACAUCGGGGAGGGUGCCAGCUGCCGGUUUAAUUGUUCACAAACACCUGGAUGGGUUCUUGUGCAACGACACUGGAGCCAAGCCUGGCCCUCAGGGGGCGACACUGGGCUCGAGGGUAAUAACCAUGGUGAUUGGCAACAGGAAGAACAACUCGCUCACCCAGCCCCUGAUCUUCACCUUCGCCCACAACGAGACAAACAAGGACAAUUUUAUAAUAACCUGCGUCUACUGGGAUCACACAUCAACCAAAGGCUUCUGGUCUCCCGAAGGCUGUGAGCUGAUGGAAUACAACAGUACACACACCGUCUGCAAAGCCAAUCACCUGUCCAGCUUCGCUGUACUGAUGGCUCUGAAGGCUCUUCCUGACGUGUUUGAGGUUCAGCUCAUCACAAUCAUCGGGUUAAGCAUCUCGCUGCUGUGUCUGCUGCUGGCAAUUGUCACCUUUUAUACUUGCCAGCCCCAGAAAGACACAAGGUGUUCCAUCCACCUGAACCUCUGCCAGUCCUUGUUCAUGGCUGAUUUCAUCUUCCUUUUUGGAAUUUCACAAACGAGCAACGAGAUCACGUGUGGAUUCAUCGCUGCGAUCCUUCACUACCUCUUCCUAGCCGUGUUUGUCUGGAUGCUUCUGGAAGGCAUACAGCUCUACCUGUUGGUGGAGGUGGUGUUUGAAGCCAAGGUUCCUCUGGAGAGAUACAUUUACUGGGUUGGCUAUGGACUUCCUGCUGUGAUAGUGGCCAUUUCUGCAGCAGCCAAUCCCAGAGGAUACGGCACUCCGACAGCGUGUUGGCUUUCACCGGAGAAUUGCUUCUCCUGCAGCUUCUUUGUGCCGGUGAUCUUUAUCUGUGUCGUUAACUUGAUCAUCCUUUGCAAAACGUUGAUGAAGUUGUCCCACGUGAUCUCUGACCAGAGCAUUGUGGACAGGAACAGAGUUUUUACACUGACUGCGAUUGGUCAGCUGGUCAUCCUGGGUUGUACCUGGAUACUUGGAGGGUUCUUUAUCCAAAACGCCACCGUUCCAAUGAUGUACAUCUUCACCAUCUUCAACAGCUUCCAGGGGAUGUUCAUCUACAUCAUGCACUGUCUGAUGCGGAAGAAGGUGAGAGACUCCUAUCGGAAUGGAUUCAGAAGGUGCUUUAGAAGGUCGUUGAGGUGGGCACCAGUCUCUACCUCCAGCUCCAGCUCAAACCAGGUGAGGAGAAGUGUCCAGGAGACAGAGUCAACAUCAGGAGCUGUACAGUGAGCAGAGGAGGACGUCUCAGCGUGUGUGAGGAACACUAAUCGCCUGCAGAUUUUAUCACAUGCUCUCUCUCACCCUCACCGGGCUUUGGGUUUCCUGGUUCGUGACUGCUCAGGUUGAAUAGGGUUGCUUCCCGCUGUUGUUACAUAGCUCUGCUAAUGCUCAAACACUGGGGAGGCCCAGGGAGAGCUGCAAUGGAUGCGGGUCUGACCAGUCAUAGUGAACUCACCCCAAGUGCCCCAGCCAACAGUUAUCUCUCGCACAAUGCCGAGUUAUUUACAUGCUGUUUGUGGGAUCUUGCUGUGCACAGGUUGGAACCGUAACUGGAUGAAAUGUACGUCACUGAUCACAUUCCCAACAUCUGCCUCAUGCUCAAAUCUGCAAAAGGACUUGCAAUGUGUGUUGUUUUGUCUGUGUGUGAUCAGGUGGAGCUGGAAGUUAGUUCUGAGCUCAGAGGAUGUAGCUCUCGAAGGGGAAGAGUUCAAUGUUGGUGCUGCUUUGCAGAUCGAUGUCUCCCACUGCUGAGGGGAAUUCUCAUGGCUGGGAUUGUGGGACUGACCAGGAGAUCCAAUUCCUCACAUUCCACGGCAAGUACUGCCCACUCCAGAGGGUGUGGAGGUUUGAGCAGUUCCAUUGAGUUCAGAAGCCUAGAAGUUACAGGUUGGCCCCAACUGUCACCUGUCGUAAACACCCAACUGGCCAUACAGUAUCCUUCGGAGAAGGAACCUUAGCAUCUGUCCCUGGUCUGGUCUAUGUGGGUCACAGUGCCUGGAGAAGGCAGCUCACCGCUGCUUCCUCGGGGUAACCAGAGGUAGACUAUAGAGUCCGCACCCCAGAAUUAACAAACUCAUCAUCUCACUUAUCACAGAGGCUGCAGACUGGUGUCCGCGAGGGCUGGUGUAUAGGCCCUGGCUGUAAGGACGUAAGAAAUGGGAACAGGAGUAAAAUAUUCAUCCCUUCAAACCUUCCCUGCCAUCCACCAGGACCACUUCCCUGCACUAUCCCCUGUCCCUGAUUCCCCUAAUAUCCAGAAACCUAUCGAUCUGAACUCAAUGACUCAACCUCCACAGCCCUCCAGGGUAAAGAGCUCCAAAGGUUCACCACCAACUUUUCCUCGGAUCAGUCUUGAAUAGCUUACCUGCUGUUUUUCAAACUGUGCCCCUGAUCCAGGGGAAACACCCUCCCUACCUCCACCCUGUCGAACUCCUCACGGAUUUUGUAAGUUUCAAUGAGGUCUUUCAUCCUUCCAGAUUCUAGAGAACUCAGUCCCAGUCCCCUCGAUCUGUCCUCGUAUGGUAAACCCACCAUGCCUGGAACUUCAGUGCAUUCCCUCUGUGGCACCUACAUCCUUUGUUAGGGAAGGAGACCAGAGAUGUAGCCAGUAGUCCAGGUACAGUCUUCACCAAGACCAGAGGUACACAUGGGAUCUUUCAACCUCUAAAACUCCCUGACCGUGGAAAUCUUUGUUUUAUGUCUCAACCUUCUCUGGUUCCUAAUAUUCCCAACUAAUGAAAAUGCCUGUCAGGAGACUGCAGAGCGCAGCGCAGCUGAAGCCUAAUCUUUCCUCCAUCUGAUGCUGGUCAGUAAACAAUGACAACAGGAGGUCUUCCAGUGACACCUUCCCGUAGGUUGGCUUGAGAUAACUCAGCACUGGUCACACUUGAACCAUUGAAGCCCUUCCCUUCAGAGUAAAUCCAUAUUUAAUGAUCACAAGUGUUCAGAUAAGGUGUAAUUAUAAAUUCACUUCUAAUUCUUUGUAGCCAGGUUGAAGAUACAGUUACACAUAAUGUGAAUCCCUGAAAGAUGUGGAGGGAACAGACUGAGAGGCAGAAAUGGCCAUUGAGGUAUGAAGAAGAAGAACUGGGUUGGAUUUCAAAGCAGAAUUAGUCAGUAAUAAGAAGAAAUGAAAAAUAUGUUUUGUCUAUUUCAGGACAGGGUAACUGGAACUAGGACUAAAGAGCCUGUAUCUGAAAGAACCUGGUACGGGUAGAGCAAGAAUAAAUGUUAAUAUUGAGGUAUAUUUAUGUGGUAGAUACUCUGUUAUAAUAUUAAAUAUCACUUAAAUAUUGAUAAUGAUUUAAAGUAUGCUUGCAGAAUGAAAUAAAUAUUUCAAUAU